GCACUAUAAAACCCAACAAGCGGCUGCUAUGUUCACGACUCCGUAUUCAUUCUAUAACUAAAGUCGAUUCAUUUCGAAGUCACUGCUUUCGUGUUCUGUGUUUUCUCCCGAAGAUGUCGCUGCUCUCAGAUUUCAUCAACCUCAACCUCUCAGAAACCACUGAGAAGGUGAUCGCUGAGUACAUAUGGAUUGGUGGAUCUGGUACGGACCUCAGAAGCAAAGCAAGGACCCUCCCAGGACCUGUUAGCGAUCCUUCAAAGCUUCCCAAGUGGAAUUAUGAUGGUUCCAGUACGGGUCAAGCCCCUGGUAAAGAUAGUGAAGUGAUCUUGUAUCCUCAGGCAAUUUUCAAGGAUCCAUUCAGGAGAGGCAAUAACAUUUUAGUCAUCUGUGAUGCUUACACUCCAGCGGGAGAGCCAAUUCCAACAAACAAGAGACAUAAAGCUGCAAAGAUAUUUAGCCAUCCUGAUGUUGUAGCUGAAGUACCAUGGUACGGUAUUGAGCAGGAGUACACAUUGUUGCAGAAAGAUGUCAAAUGGCCUCUUGGAUGGCCUGUCGGUGGUUAUCCUGGCCCUCAGGGACCAUAUUACUGUGGUGUUGGUGCUGAUAAAGCCUGGGGCCGUGAUAUAGUGGACUCUCAUUACAAGGCUUGUCUAUAUGCAGGCAUCAACAUUAGUGGCAUCAAUGGGGAAGUGAUGCCAGGCCAGUGGGAAUUCCAAGUUGGUCCUUCAGUUGGCAUCUCUGCUGGAGAUGAGGUGUGGGCUGCUCGUUAUAUUUUGGAGAGGAUUACAGAGAUUGCUGGGGUGGUGCUUUCCUUAGAUCCCAAGCCAAUUCAGGGUGAUUGGAAUGGAGCCGGGGCUCACACAAACUACAGUACCAAGUCCAUGAGAAAUGAUGGAGGCUAUGAGGUCAUCAAGAAAGCAAUUGAGAAGCUUGGCCUGAGGCACAAAGAACACAUUGCUGCAUAUGGAGAAGGCAAUGAGCGUCGUCUCACUGGCCGACAUGAAACAGCUGACAUCAACACGUUCUUAUGGGGUGUUGCCAACCGUGGGGCAUCUAUUCGAGUUGGCAGAGACACAGAAAAAGAAGGCAAAGGCUAUUUUGAGGACAGGAGGCCUGCCUCUAACAUGGACCCAUAUGUGGUCACCUCCAUGAUCGCAGAAACCACCAUCCUGUGGAAGCCAUGAGUGACCCCAGCUACACCCCCCGCCUUUGGCGAACAUUGUUAGUCUUUCCAUGACAUGGGAAAGAUGUGCUUUCCGCUAGAAUAGUUUUGUCCUGUUAUACUUUUCGUCGUUUGCCCUUGUGCAUGAGGCAGCAAAGUGAGCUUAUUGCUUCAAGUCUCAUGAUUCUGUCUCUUUUGUUAAAUAAUGGGUUUUGUAUUAACAACCAAAUGAAAGAAUGAAAGGGCUGGUCUUCACUGUUGAAAUGGUUAUAUCGUUAAUCAUUACUGUGCUUGGCCUUCUCUGUCUAUUCCUUUCUAAAUUAUGGGAAGUUUCUUAUGUGUAUUCCUCCAAGAUCUAAAAUGUAGCAGAUGCGAAACUUCUUGU